GAUACUAGUUGAUCUGUUUGUCAAUUUUUUUUUUACACUUUUAAUGAUUAUCUUCUAUGUGUGCACGCCCUGCGCUUAACAAGAGUCAAAUCUUUUAGAUUUUAUCGAGCGGCCAUACCACUAUUUAUUGGAUCGCUACAUCUGUGUUUGAUUUGUGUGGUCUUUGUGCGAUUGUCAUGCUCCAACCCGGUUCGGGGGUUAAACCAUUCAAGGCUGAUUUUACGAACGUGCAUUAUUUUUCUGCAUCUAAAACCUCUAGAACUUGAGUCUGGGUUUGUCGGGUGCGUUUCAGAAUCGGGCCUUUUUUACCCGGCCUUUGUAAAACACCCCGGUUUCCUCACUCUUCCGGACACGUUAAUUGUUGCAUCAGCACCGAAUUCUUGCCUCCAGACACGAUGUCGACCGCAGGGGAUCCAGAUUUUCAGUGUGACCACCUGCAGCAGAUGACAGACCACAGCUCUCUGGCUGCUGCCCUGGACCACUACCUGACCUCGCGCAGCUACCUGACGGGUUUCCAACCCUCCCAGACUGACCUGAACGUUCUAAAGAAGCUUAGCAAACCCCCGGACCCUCGCUACGUCCACACCGCGCGCUGGUACAGACACAUGACUGGACUGCAGGACCUCCAGACACUCGCUGGCUCGAAGUCCAAGAGGGUCCAGCCUCCGUGGACGAGGCCUGCAGGAACAGAUGUCCCCCAGCUGAGGCUCUACAACAGCCUGACGCGAAGCAAGGAAGUCUUUGUUCCUCAGAAGGCCAAUAAGGUGACGUGGUACAGCUGCGGCCCGACCGUGUACGACGCCUCACACAUGGGUCACGCCAGGUCCUACAUCUCCUUCGACAUUCUCCGGCGGAUCUUGAGGGACUACUUCAAAUACGACGUUCUCUACUGCAUGAACAUCACAGACAUCGACGACAAGAUCAUCAAAAGAGCCCGCCAGAACUUCCUGCUGGACCAGUACCGAAAGAAGAACCUGCAAAGCUCCCAGCUGGUCCAGGACGUCCAGACAGCCCAGCAGGCGCUGCAGGUCCAGUUGUCGACCACCACCGACCCUGAUAAGAAGCAGAUGUUGGAGCGUCUGGAUGCAGCGGUCAGUGCUGCUCUGAAGCCCCUGCAGGAGGCGCUGCAGGGCUCCCAGCCCGCCGCUGUGGUGGAGCCCCUUCAUCAGGCGCUGCUGGAGAGCUCCAGGGACAUUGUGGCCGACUGGCUGGACCAGCAGCUGGGCUCCAGCGUGGACGACAACUCCAUCUUCUCCACCCUGCCGCAGCACUGGGAGGAGGAGUUCCACAAGGACAUGGACGCUCUGAACGUCCUGCCCCCGGACGUGCUCACCCGGGUCAGCGACUACGUUCCAGAGAUCGUGGACUUUGUGAAGAAGAUCGUGUCCAAUGGUUUUGGGUACGAGUCCAACGGUUCGGUUUACUUCGACACCGCAAAGUUUGACUCCAGCGCCAAGCACUCGUACGGCAAGCUAGUGCCCGAAGCCAUCGGAGACCAGAAGGCUCUGCAGGAGGGAGAAGGGGACCUGAGCGUGGACCGGGUCGGAGACAAGAAGUCUCAGAACGACUUUGCUCUGUGGAAGGCCUCCAAGCCCGGGGAGCCCACGUGGGACUCUCCCUGGGGAAAGGGUCGACCCGGAUGGCACAUCGAGUGCUCAGCCAUGGCGGGCUCUAUCCUGGGCCAGUCCAUGGACAUCCACGGCGGCGGCUUCGACCUGCGCUUCCCGCACCACGAGAACGAGCUGGCCCAGUCCGAGGCCUUCUUCGACAACGACCACUGGGUGCGCUACUUCCUGCACACGGGUCACCUCACCAUCGCAGGGUGUAAGAUGUCCAAAUCGCUGAAGAACUUCAUCACCAUCAAGGACGCGCUGCAGACCAACACAGCCCGUCAGCUGCGCCUGGCCUUUCUCAUGCACUCAUGGAAAGACACACUGGAUUAUUCCCCCAACACCAUGGAGUCUGCCGUGCAGUACGAGAAGUUCCUGAACGAGUUUUUCCUGAAUGUGAAGGACAUCCUGCGAGCGCCGGUGGACGUGACGGGCCGCUUUGAGAAGUGGGACGCAGCAGAAGCCGAACUGAACGAGAGUUUCUACGAGAGGAAGUGGGCAGUACACGAGGCUCUGUGUGACAAUGUGGACACUCGCACAGCGCUGGAAGAGAUGAGGGUCCUCGUGAGUCAGAGCAACAGCUACAUCGCCGGCAGGAAGAGCAGCAAGCUGCGUCCCAACCGCCUGCUCCUGGAGAACGUCGCCGCCUACCUCACCUCCAUGCUGAAGAUAUUUGGCGCCAUCGACGGAUCAGAGCCCAUCGGGUUCCCUGUGGGCGGAGCCUCUGCCAGCUCUAACAUGGAGGACGUGGUGAUGCCGUAUCUCGGCGUGCUGUCCAGCUUCAGAGAGGAGGUUCGCAAGGUGGCUCGCGAACUGAAAGUGACGGAGCUGCUGCGCCUCUGCGACGUCGUGCGGGACGAAACUCUCCCGGAGCUCGGCGUCCGGCUGGAGGAUCACGAAGGUCAGCCGACGGUUCUGAAGCUGGUGGACAAAGAAACCCUGCUGAAGGAGCGUGAGGAGAAGAAGAAGUUGGAGGAGGAGAAGAGGAAGAAGAAGGAGGAGGCGGCGCGAAAGAAGCAGGAACAAGAGGCUGCGAAACUGGCCAAGAUGAAAAUUCCAGCCGCGGAAAUGUUCCUGAGCGAGACUGACAAAUACUCCAAGUUUGACGAGACGGGUUUCCCGACUCACGAUUCGGAGGGGAAGGAGCUCAGUAAAGGACAAGCCAAGAAGCUUCGAAAGCUCUACGAAGCCCAAGAGAAGCUGCACAGCGACUUCCUGCUGACCAGUCAGAACGGCUCCUGAUGGUUGUGUAGAAGCAAAAUAAAGGUGUGUGCUGUGAGACCUGCUCUUCUCUGCUGGAGACCAUCUUGGACCAGGCCUGGCCAACACGCGGCUCUUCCCCCAGUUUCAUGCAGCUCUUCACCACAUGAGCCGCCGAACUGGCUGGGAUUUUGGUCAAGUUGCUGUUGAGAUGUUUUUUUGAUUUGAUGAGGAGACUUUGCUUAUCUUGACAAGACAAGACAAUGACUAGACUAGAC